CCUUCUUGAAAAUCCCAGCUUCUGUCAAGCCUUUCCAAAAUAUGAAGCAAAAGAUAGUCAUUAAGGUGCAAGUGGUCUUUGACAAAUGCCGGACCAAAGCCUUGAAGAUAGCUGCUGCAGCAAAUGGGGUUGCAUCAGUGGCAAUAGAAGGGAAAGACAGAGAUCAAGUGGUGGUGAUUGGAAAUGAAGUUGAUGUAUCUUGCUUGACCCGUUCUCUUAGGAAGAAGGUCGGCCAUGCAACCAUUGUAAGCGUGGAGGAAGACAAGCCCAAACCCAAACCUGAUGAUAAGAAAGGUGGACCUGAAAUCAAAUGUUCAUGUCCAACAUCUUUAUGUGCAUGUCCGCCGCCAUGUUACCAACCUCAGCUAGUGUAUUAUGAUCAUGAACCUUGCCAGCCGACUUGCACCAUCAUGUGACGGCUGGCCGGAUACGAGUAAAUCGAUCUAUACAUCAUCUCGGACUGUAUCACCACAAAGCCGAUGUGGCAUAA